CCGUGCCCCCUUGCGGCCCCUACGGCCCUCGAGUGGAUGAGGGAGGUGAUAAGCGAGGAAGGGUUGAGGUGGUCGACUAUGGUGGAUGGGUGUAGGUGAUGGAGGUGGAAGAAGGGUUGGGGGUGGUCGGCUAUGGUGGACGGGUGUGGGUGAUGGACGAGGAAGAAGGGUUGGAGGUGGUCGGCUAUGGUGGACGGGUGCGGGUGAUGGAGGAGGAAGAAGGAUUGGAGGUGGUCGACUAUGGUGGACAGGUGCAGGUGAUGGAGGAGGAAGAAGGGUUGGAGGUGGUCGGCUAUGGUGGACGGGUGUGGGUGAUGGAGGAGGAAGAACGGUUGGAGGUGGUCAGCUAUGGUGGACGGGUGUGGGUGAUGGAGGAGAAAGAAGGGUUGGAGGUGGUCGGAUAUGGUGGACGGGUGCGGGUGAUGGAGGUGGGAGAAGGGUUGGAGGUGGUCGGCUAUGGUGGACGGGUGUGGGUGAUGGAGGAGGAGGAAGGGUUGGAGAUGGUAGGCUAUGGUGGACGGGCGUGGGUGGCGAAGGAGGAAGAAGGGUUGGGGGUGGUCGACUAUGGUGGACGGGCGUGGGUGAUGGAGGAGGAAGAAGGGUUGGAUGUGGUCGGCUAUGGUGGACGGGUGUGGGCGAUGGAGGGGGAGGAAGGGUUAGAGGUGGUCGGGUAUGGUGGACGGGUGUCGGUGAUGGAGGAGGAAGAAGGGUUGGAGGUGGUCGGCUAUGGUGGACGGGCGUGGGUGAUGGAGGAGAAGGAAGGGUUGGAGGUGUGGGUGAUGGAGGAGGAAGAAGGGUUGGAGGUGGUCGGCUAUGGUGGGUGGGCGUGGGUGAUGGCGGAAGAAGAAGGGUUGGACGUGGUUGGCUAUGGCGGACGGGUGUGAGUGAUGGAGGAAGAAGAAGGGUUGGGGGGUGGUCGGCUAUGGUGGA